ACUUACCUUGGGAAGGGGACUAUGAAAGAAGUGUUGGAGAUACCUGAGACGAGCAAAGUUCAGCGCUCGCUUUCGUUCAACGGGGAGACCGAGAAGAAGGAUGACGUCGGUGUCGAGGAAAAGGAUGGUGAAGGGAUGAAGGAUGACGUGGUUGUCGAGGAAAAGGAUGGUGAAGGGACGAAGGAUCAAUUGGAAGAGGAUGUUGAUGAUGUAGAGAGUGUCCCUUCACUUAAUCUAUCAGAAGAGAAGGUCGUUGUUCCAACUAAGGUGGUUGUUUCUGAUGAUUCGUUUGAGGUUAUGAACUUUUGGGGAGAAGAUCUCCCCGCUAUUGUAAAAGAGGAAGUUGAGCAGGCAGUGAAGGAUGAUUUUGAUGAUGCUGCGUUCGAAAGAUUCAAAGAAUCUGGAGGGAAGGUGAUUGGUCCGUUCACUGUGAAGAAGGGUUACUCAAAUCAACAGUACGAGUUGUUCCGUUACAUUUUCUCUAGCGCCAAUGAUCCGAGUGAAGUGUUAGCCCAUUUUGGGAAGGUUGAGGUCGAGCGGAUGUAUUUCAAAUGCAUGAAACCGGAGACCGAUAUAUCACACAGUCUCAUUGAUUGCUUUGCUCAAAUCAUGAAUUUUCGAGAGAAGAAGCGCAACGGCAUUGGAAGUAAGAGAACUUGGUUUAUGCCCACCAGAAUUUCGAGCAAGUUACUUGGAAGAUCGAUGACUGUGGAGAGGAUGGCGAAGCAGCAAGAGUGGUCCACUCUUUAUUACGAUGCAGAUUUGAGUUUAUGUCACACUAUGGUGGUACCCCUACUGGAUACCGAGAGUGCUCCGCACUGGUUUGCGGCGAAUGUCAGCAUGGUUAAUACAACAGUGGAAAUUAGGGACUCGUUGUCUUCUGCAAUGCAUAAGAGGUCACGUCGGAGCACCUGCGUAGAGAUGCUCCAGACUUUGGACCAAUUGUUUGCCCCCGUCAAGCCGGGAGACCCGAAUUUCGCCGAGUUUGUAAUUAUUUCUUCAAGCAAGGACUACCCACAACAACAAAAUGGCCACGAUUGUGGAAUGUUUGUAAUGAAGUACAUGGAAUCACUGUUCGAGGAAAAUGAAAUAUUGGAAGAGUUUGAUCCUAUUGAAGCGAGACUGGAUUGUGUUGGGAAAAUUUUCACCCACGAGAGUAACAAGGCUAAACAUGCUGUGAUGGAGGGAGUUAAGAAGCAAUUUGGAUUGAGCAAAACCAAAGUUCUUCCAUCAACAUCUACAACUAUAGCAUUACGUAGUCCAUCAAGGUCUCCUCGAGACCCCGAUUCAAGACAAAGGCCGUGUCCGAAAACAUGUGGACUGGCAAGAGCAAGUCCCCGAAAACACGUCAUUCUAAAAGGCUGGCCAUAA